AAGUGUAGCUGCUAUUAACACGUCACAGACACGUUUGCAGUGAGGCGAAGGAGUAACUGAGAUGGCAGAUUUGUCGUUGUAUUUGACUAAUGUCAACGUUUCUUUGGGACAGACUAUGGAAGCUGAUAAGUGUGCAGGGGCAGAGGAAUUUGAGAGUGUGGAGAUGGGGGACAGUCCAGGGAGGCAGGGGAAGGUGAAGAUUCCCCGCAGGACCAUCUACUUUGCCAGUGGAGAGACCAUGGAGGAGUACAGCACUGAUGAAGAGGAGGAAGAGGAGGUGCCUAUGAAGAAAGAUGUCACGACUACAGAUCCGUCCAAACUGACCUGGGGUCCCUACUUCUGGUUCCACAUGUGGAGAAUGGCAACCUCCACUAUCUCAGUGUGUGACUACAUGGGAGAAAGACUGGCCUCUCUAUUCGGCAUCACAACUCCAAAGUACCAGUAUGCUAUCGACGAGUACUACCGCAUAAAGAAAGAGGAGGAGGAGGAAGAGGAGGAGAACCGUCUGGCUGAGGAGGCAGAACGUCGGUUUGCAGAGCAGCGGAGAGACCAGCAGGAUGAUCCCACAGCUCCACAUUCUGCCACCGUAGAGCAGCCGGAGGCAUCUGCAGCAUCUUUUGUAAACAUUAGCUUUGAGCUGGAUCCUGAACCUCCUCUCAGGAAUCCAGACGCCAACAGAGUCCCGUCUCCUCUGCCCUCCUGAACACCCAGACAAGCCUCUAACAUUCACACAUUUCUAUCAGUUGGCAAAACCGUAAUUUACUGAGCUGUAUAAACUAAUAAUAUGGUUAUUUUUCUAUCUUUUUUUUAUUUUAUUAGAAGAUCUUAGAACACAGUGCAGGGAAAAAUGAAAAGGGCUGGUGACUGCACGAGCCUUAACCUGUGAAUGUACGCAGGACUGAGAUGUUAUCAGACUGGACGUGGGCUCACUUUAAAUGGAUAUCAGCUGAGGCAGGGAAGUAAAUGCUGUAGUGAUGCUGAGAUUAGUGCUGGAGACAUCUCUCUCAGCGUCUUAUAAACAGAAAGUGAGACAGAAUCCUGCACAAACACACAUUAUGAUGCCGUUGUCGAUCCUGCUACUAUGCAUAUUAAUAUGACAUUCAACAAGUUUUACUCGAUAGUUUGCACUAAGAACAUGAUGCACUCCAGUUCAGCCUGUCACUGCUACACUAUCAGAUCUGGAAUUUAGAAAGCCUUAAAAACAUUUCCAAAACUGUUGAGGACUAACCCGUUGACCUGAAUUCACUUUUACUCAUUUUAGAUACAGUGUGUACAGAAUAUAUAUUAAGUGUUAUUUUUCAUUUUUUUCAAAAUUUCAAGAGAGAAGUAUAAAAGUAGAGGACUGUAAAACAUUUGCACAGAAAGUUUGAGUCAUCAAACAGUUUGUCCAUCAUUUAUAAGUUCAACAUAACGUCCUCAUACUAAUGAUGAGCCCUGCACUACUAUUCAUUUCAACUCAUGGUCCAACACAUGUAAGAGCUUUACUGUUUAUGAACAAUGUUUUAAUAUUAGCUUCUGUGUAGAAGAUACGCCUCCUGACCUGUUGUCUUUAUCGUAACACCAUUAUUAAUGUUUGCAGCCCUUGUGGAAGAUAUUUGAUGAAGUAUCUGGACAGGCUCUUUGAUUGUGACGUCAGUCAUAGUGUCCAUAAUGCUACAUGUCAUAUUAAUAGACCUGUCCCUUGAAGUUUAAAUGCUGUUGUCCUUCCUUUUCGACGUUGCAGCACUUGGGUACUGUGUUUAAUGGGAGUUGUUUCCUUCCAACAAGAAGCAGCAGUGCGUUAAAAUUGAUGUGAUAUUAUAAUCUACCUUCUGUUCACACCUGUCACGAUGUAAAACUUGUUUCUGUCGUGAUUUAACGGCAAUAGUUAAAAUCUGCUAUGAUGUAGAGCACUCCUCAUUCUUCAAGUGUCCUUGGUUGAGCCAUCCUAAGCUUCUUAAUUGUUUUUAUCCGCUGAUGUGGCAGUUUGCUAUCACAGGCCUCCUCAGAAAGAACAGCAGCAGUGUUCAAUCAGAAUUGGAACAGCGACAGACUGGAGCUGAAAUGAUCAUUCAUCAGACCAUAGAAUACUGUUGUGUUGUUAUAAGAGCUGGUAGGUAAACGUCUCACCUUGCAGUAGUUAUUGAAGGAUGCAAAGGCUUUUUUUUUUGUGAAGCAGGUAAACUUAUGCAAAACAUUUGGUUAUUGUAACUGAAACUUACUGAAUCUUUGUAGACAUAUUUAUACUUUCGUUGUGUCAAUAAAAAUGGAUAAAUUUG